AUGGAGGGUCCCGGUCUGGUCUCCAAGACCCCCGCGCCCCCCGUCCUCGGAGUCACGAACGAGACCUUCGGAGCGGUCUGGUCUCCCGGUCUGCUCUCCCAGGUGAGCCUAGCGGGACUGCUCUCCGCCAUCACGCUCGGCACCACGCUGUCCAACGCCUUCGUGAUCACAGUGAUCUCCCGGUCGAGGAAAUUACAAACUCCGGCAAACUUCCUGAUCGCGUCGCUCGCGGUCACCGACCUGCUCGUGUCCGUGCUGGUGAUGCCGAUCUGCGUGUUGUACACCGUCACGCACACCUGGUCCCUGGGCCAGGUGGUGUGUGACCUCUGGCUCUCCUCGGACAUCACCUGCUGCACCGCCUCCAUCCUCCACCUGUGCGUAAUCGCCCUGGACCGCUACUGGGCCGUCACGGAUGCGGUGGAGUACUCCGCAAGGCGGACCCGGUCGCGCGCGGCCGGGAUGGUGGCGGGCGCGUGGCUGAUCGCCGUCAGCAUCUCGCUCCCGCCGCUCCUCUGGCGGCGGGAGAGGGCGGAGGAAGAGCUGACCAGCUGCACCGUCAACACCGACCACAUCUUCUACACCAUCUACUCUACGUGCGGCGCGUUCUACGUGCCCACGCUGCUACUCCUCGCGCUCUACGGGAGGAUCUACGCGGAGGCGCGUAAAAUCAUCCUGAAGCAGUCUCCACGGAAGGCCACGGGGGCUGCCGGGAAGAGGCUGACCUCCGCGCGCCUGCUCACCGACUCGCCCGGGUCCGCGGGGUCCGCCUCGUCCUCCUGGAGACCCGACCAUCCCUCGAGCGACCCCGGGUCCCUGGCCGGCGAGAGGGGGGUGGAGGUGACGGUGUCGGACGCCCUGUUGGAGAAGAAGCGCGUCUCCGCGGCCAGAGAGCGGAGAGCCACGCGGACGCUGGGGAUCAUUCUCGGCGCGUACAUUGGCUGCUGGCUCCCCUUCUUCAUCUACACCCUGGUAGUGGCCACUUGCGACGCGUGCUUCUAUCCGGAGCUCUUUGACUUCUUCAACUGGCUGGGCUACCUGAACUCCCUGAUCAACCCUGUGAUCUACACUAUGUCCAAUGAGGAUUUCAAGAAGGCUUUCCACCGCCUCGUGCGCUUCCGGUGCUGUCGGCCCUGA